CGAACAGCGAUCGCAAGACCGGAGAGCCGUUGCGGAUGAACGACAUGUUGGAGGCGCCGAUACUCGACGACCAGUUCCAGAGUCCGAUCGUAAAGGCUAUGAAAGUGUUGGCCUCUGUUGUCGACGCGCCCGUCGAGUGGAUCCGCCACAAUGUGGUGGAGAAAUAUCGGGGCCCCAGUUAUCCCUACUAUCACGAGCGGUUCCGUCGGGUGCCCACCAUUGACCAGUGCUAUACCGAUGAUCAGGCCUGCAUUUAUGAGGCCAACAGACAGUACCAGAGAGACAAGAAAGUCGAUGAAAACAUCAUUAAUAUCUUAAGACAUCGCUUCUAUACAUGCGUUUACUACCAGAGGAAUGUCAAUGAAUACUAUAAUCAUCAAAGUUUGUGCCCCAAAGAGAAGGAGGCGUACAAACAGGCGAACGUCGAUUACUUCAUCAAAUAUGGAGAUCUCGGGCCCUUCACAACAGUGAUCGACGCCUUCAACAAACAGAAACAUCGGCUCAUUUUCGAGCGAAGAGAAGCCGAAGGAAAAAUCAAAAAGAUUGAGAGCUCU